GACCUCUUAUGAUUUCCUUCUUUGAACGCGUAUGGUUCGUCGUAAUGCUGUAGAAAUUGGAUUUAUUUCUAAUGAUGCUUGGGAGGCAACAUUUUAAUGCGCGUCAUGUGGUAUGGAGUUCAGUGGAAUGAAUAAGACAUCUGACGAUACACUUAGUUACUUGAAUUCUUCGGCAACAGCUCAUCCAUCGUUGUACAAAACUCUACGAUAUAGCCCAAACAAUGAGUUUCCUGAUAAAGGCUUGUCACAUACUUCACAUGAAGACCAAGUUCUCCGACUAGUUGACGCGUUUCACUGUCCUUUUAAUAGUGCUCUUAGGGAAUGUGAAUCCUCCCAAGUCCCUAUGGUGUCAGCUAUGUGCAAUCGUAUAGUCCCCCCGGACAUAAUAUCCGGAUUUGUUGAUAAGUCCUCCGAGUUUGACCAACCAGAAGUAUCUGAUGAACCCGGAAAGUUGGCAGUUUGUCACAAAGUUGACACUGUUUCCCCACCUAAACUACCUGAUCUCAAUGACAAAGCAUAUCCGUGUGUCAUCAGUAAAGCAGCAACCGACUCCGUUUCGCCUUCUAGCAGUUUGGUGCCAGAUACUGUCCAUAUCCUUUCUCCAUGCAAUGGGUCUGUUUCUAGGCCAGAGAGUAUUAGUGACCUGUCUUCGCAUAUUGAGAAAAUCGAUGCCGCUAGGGAUGUCAACGGGUGUGGUAGGCUCACAGACACUUCUCCACUGCAUGAUCAAGACCGUGCCAGGAUGGACUUGGACAAGUUAGACGAAACUAUCGACUAUGUGCUGUCGGUUGCACGAAGUGAUGAGCCAUGUGAAGGCAUGUUCGUUCUUUCCUGUAGAGCACAGCGAAUACUCCCAGUUCUGGACUAAUAACUUCACCAACAAUUUCUCCAGCUCCAUCUCCACACUCCAACAAUUUAAACUCGCCUGUGCUCCAAACAUGUAAAGCUCAAACUGUGUUUCAGCCCAACAAUCCAUGUCAUAUGGUUACCCAACAACCUGUGCAGCGAUAUAUAGUCGACCAAACCCAUGGAAUUAUUCAGUUAUCAUCUAAUCCUUCGCAGAGUGUUUCUGGACAUUAUGGCAACCAGGGUGUUUCCUUCGUUCAGUUGUGUUCAGACUCAUCCACCAAUCCUGUACUUCAGGUUACGCAACACCACAUUGUUUCACAGAUCGGUCAGACGUUGACAACAACUGCUGCUCAUGUCUUAUUUCAUCCUAAUGUGUUGCAUAAUUUCCAGAACCACGCGGGGCAAACUCAGUUUACGAUACCACAUUCCACAUUAUCUACAGCUCCAGUACAGCGAAUCCGUACUCCUAUAUUAUCUCCAGUUAGGACCAGCAUUGUACAAACCACUCCGAGUUCAGUCACUAAGGCAUGUUCAGAUACUAAUACAACGCCACACUCUACGCCAAAUCAUGCUCCUGAUGGUGUAAAUUCAUCUCUUCCUAACCAUACAAUUUCUAUUAACCCCUCGAGUAUUCGUUUUAUCCAAAAUCCUGUACAGUCUACGCAGCCCUUACUUUAUGGGACAGUUAGCAUAUCUUCGCCCAUGGAAGCUGCUGGUGAUAGUAAGUAUUCAAUGUCAGCUUCAACUCCUAGCAUUGAUAAAAGGUGUACACAACCGAACACUUCGGUUACCUUCCGUCAUCCUUUAAUUCCGACCAACACAAACUUUUCUAUGGUCCCGGUAUCUUCUGUCGGUGUAGCUUCAAAUCACAGUCUUCCUUCAUCGAGUAAUCCAAUCACGAACGGUCAGAGUACCGCAAGUAUACCUAGGAAGCGGUCGCAUGCCUCACUGCCUGGAAAUAACAAGCGUAGGAAAACUGUUGGUAAUCCAUCUUUUCAUGUAGCUUCUAUAACAAAUAAGAGCAUUCCUACACACGAAGGUGUUCGUUCAAUCCACUCUGGUGCUCAGGAAGAGAUAAAUAAGCUUAAAGGCAUUGAUCUUAAGUUACUGGUCUCUACUCCAACGCUGCAACCCUUUUCUUCAGUUUUACCACCCCCAGGUUUGUGUGAUUCCGUGGUGUUCAGAGGGAGUGUCGAGGAAAUAAUUCUUCAGAGACGUGGGCUGAAGUAUCUGCGUGGACCGAUGUCUCUUAAGUUCCCAAAAUGUAUAGAUUCGACUACCUCAAGUGAAGUUGUCGAUUCAUAUCUCACGCAUCAUCUUAAAGUAGUUGUGCCACCUGGUCCAGUUCUUUAUUCUUCAAAAGUUCCCAAGUUGGCAUCUGUUGAAUGUGACUCAGUGUGUGCCUCACCAGAACCUCCAUCGUUUGAGAAUAACAUGAAGGCCUUGUUCUCCAGGAUGAAUCAGUUUUCCAAGAAAAAGUUUGAAGAUGUUUGUGAUGAAAUUAAAGUCGGUUGUGACUCAUGCAAAUCCUCAGGUGAGAGACUCAUGCCUCAAUCCCUUCUUCAUAUGUUCUCUCAAAAUCAGUCAGAUUUCUUGGAAAGAACAGAAACAGAAAGAGGUACUCCUCCUCUCGCUUUAUAUCACAUGCCUAAUCCUCGUCUCCUGUGUCAACCCAUUCACCUAGCUCCCUGUCCAGAAAAGCGAAUUGAUUUUUCUUCGGACAAUGUUAACAGCUCCAACUUAUCUGAUCUUAAGGUGGAAAACGAUUUAUCAGGAGUUUCAGAUGAGUAUAACCUCGAAAAACCUGGCGUGUCUGGUGGUAUUACUUCUGCCUCAUUCGUCGAUUCCGAAACUGGGGAAACUAUGAUACCGCCUCAUCUAAAAUCACCUAAAACCUCACUUGAUUCUGUUUUGAAUGAAAAUGAUAAACUACAUAUCACGUUUACUAUCAAUCCAGCAACAAGUGUAAAUAUACCUAAUAUCAUCCAUCGUAUUUCCGAACUACUGGACGUUGAAGAAAAUUCUAUUGACUUUCAAAUCACUAGAUCAGGUGCACAGAUAACCCUAGACCAAAAGCGACCUCACAGUGAAGUUGUAAUGCGCAGUUUGGAAGCGCAGUUAAGACAGCAGUUUACGCCAAUUUCCUUACAUUUUGAAAAUGAUUCAACAAAGGAUGAGCUGAUGCAAGAUGUCCAUGUCUCGCGUGUCACUCAAUGCAGCAUACAAGAAAACCUACCUCGCCUGAGACAUCCAUCAUCCAACCUACCUUUAUCAAAUCCAUGUAAGUUAGAGUGCGAUCCUUCAAGUAAGAAUGACAGUCUAUUAUCCACACAGGAAACUUGUCGCUACUCUGAAGAACCUAUUAGUAUUAGUUCUUUGAUGACCAAUAGACACCGCUCCGUAAAAUCAUGUAAAGGCUGUGGUAAACCAGUCUCACCUCAUAUGGUUCACCAUAGAUGGUUGGAUGAUUUAUCCACAGUCACUGGAAUAACUAUGAGUCUUGAAAAUUCAGUAGAUUUUGUAUUCUGCUCUAACGGCUGUUUGUACAGUUUUGCUCGCCUCUUGUCUUCGUAUCGCAAUAAGUGUUUGGACAGUACCCUAGACUAUUCUACACAAACAGAUUUAUUGAACAGUAGUCACCACAAUUUUGAUCAACAACGACAGCUGAUUAUGACUGAUUUCCCAUGUUCCAUGCCAAUUUUAUUACAAAGUGGUUUGUCAAAAUCAAAACCGACUAACCUAAAGCGCCAACAUUCUCAGCAAUAUGUUACAAAUAAGAGACGUUCAGCCAACACUCCUACAGUCCUGUCCAAGUUUCGAAAAUGGCAAGGUAUUCGAUGGAAGUCGUAUGCCAACCGCACUAAUCAUUCGUCAGAUUUACUAUCUAAUCGUACCACGGAAGACAAUGGCAUCACCAUAUCAAAGAGUAAUCCUGCAGUUAUGUAUACUUCACAUUCUGAUGACAAACGAGUUUGUGAUUUAUGUCAGCAAGCUGGAGAUGCUCCAGAGCAUGGUCCUGGUCGUUUACUUCCAUUGGAUCUAAAUAACUGGAUACACGUUAAUUGUGCAUUAUGGUGCUAUGAAGUGUACGAGACUGUUGGUGGAUCUCUCAAUAAUAUAGACGUCUGGUUGGCGAAAGCCAAAGAAACAGCUUGUUCCCAGUGUGGUUUAUUUGGAGCUGGUUUGCCUUGUUAUAAUCCUAAGUGUUCCUUCGUCUAUCAUGUGCCAUGUGCAAUCAAAAUUCAGUGCAUGUUUUUUACAGAUCGUGGAAUGUAUUGCCCACAACAUCAACCAAAGGAGAUUCAUCCGAUGCAGUUAUCUUCCCUAGUAGUAAAUCGACGUGUGUACAUCAAUCGGGAUGAAAAUAGUCAGGUAGCCCGUGUAGUGCAUGAGGAUGACGACAGACACGUUGUACGUAUUGGAGGAGUAUCUUUACGUUCCCUUGGUCAGCUGUUACCUCAUCAGAUUGACAGCGGAAAUUUUCACAACCUUAGGAAUAUUUACCCCAUCGGCAUGCGUGUCACACGGAUUUAUUGGUCAAUGCGGCGACCACGUUCUCGGGCAAGAUACGUAUGUGAAAUAUUAGAAAGGGAUUGCCAUCCUUUUUUCCGAAUAACAGCUAUUGAUAAAGGUAUGGACGAUGUAUCAGUUACACAUGAAACCUGUGAUGGGGCGUGGCAAUUGAUUCUCUGCCGCAUUGAAAACUUGUGCAAAGAACAUAAAUUAGUAAGACUUUUCCCACAGCUUUUGAAAGGUGAGGACUUAUUCGGAUUAAACGAAUCUCAUAUUGUUCGUGCCAUAGAAUCUCUUCCAGGUGUUGACUGCUUAAGGGACUAUGUAUUCAAUUUUGGACGCCUUGAACUAAUAUCUGAAAUGCCACUAGCCAUAAAUCCAUCGGGAUGUGCACGAUCGGAGCCAAAGAUGCAAACUUAUGUAAAGCGCUUGCAUGAUGCAGGAGAAUAUUCUGUACCAAUAAGUCAUCGAACGGGAGGUCUUCCAGGUGUUAGACGUCUAUCGCAUCCAAGUUUCUGUGGAUUAAAUUACAACAGCGGAGUGUACAAUAUGGAUAAUGCAAUUUCAAAGCAGCAUCAGAGCAGCCGUUCUCAACAGUAUCGGAAACUUAAAACAGAGGUUAAUUCUAAUGUUAUACUCGGUCGUUCACGUAUUCAGGGACUAGGUUUAUUUGCUGCCCGAGACUUGGAGCAACAAACCAUGGUUAUUGAAUACAUAGGAGAAAUGAUUCGUCUAGAGGUAGCUAACAAAAGGGAAAAAGAGUAUGAGGCUCACAACAGAGGAAUAUAUAUGUUUCGUCUAGAUGAUGAUACAGUGAUUGAUGCAACUGUUUGUGGUGGCCUCGCUCGAUACAUUAACCACUCGUGUCAACCGAACUGUUAUGCUGAGUUUGUAAAUUUCGGUGAUCAGUCGCAUAUUAUGAUAAUUACGAAUAGACGAAUUAAGAAAGGAGAAGAGCUCUGCUAUGACUAUAAUUUCGACCUUGAGGAUAGAAGUGACAAAAUCCCGUGUCUCUGCAGGGCACCAAAUUGUCGAAAAUGGAUGAACUAGCAUCCUUGUAAACCAUUUGCAAUAUAUUUUUAUGAAAUUGUGGUUGUGUAGAUAGGCAUACUUUGAUUUUCUAGAUUAUUGAAGUUGGUUUAAUGCUUCUCAGUAAAUAUUCAGUAUAAUUUAUAGUGCCUUCCCAUGCUUUAUUUGGAUUUGUACAUUUUAUGUUAUUUAGUAUUCUGGUUUUCCUCAUUCCUGAUCUUUAAUGUGUACAGUUUAUUUAUUUGUCAGCUGUUUGAUCUUUUCUCAAUUAUUUUCCGAGUAGAGUGGCUUUCAAUUUCGAGUUGUAUAUUCUAAGCACUUCUCAUGUGUAUAAUUUGAGCGCAAUGUGGAUGUACAGUGAUUUUUUUAUAUUUUAUCCCCAUCAUCUUAUGUAUUAUAUUUAUUUGUACAGACUAAUCAUGUAUUUUGUUGAUUUCUUUCACAUUCCCCAAUGCUGUAUAUAUCCAACCCAUUUAACUAUCUUUUCUAGUUUUUUUUUUAAAAGUUCAACUAUCAAAUGCAUCCAAUUAUUUUGGUCUGUUAUGUAUGAAUACCACUAUGGUUUAAUUCUUCUUAGUACUAAUAGUUAUUUUAAGGAAAAAUUCAGAUGUACCUAAUUUCUACACUUCGGUUAUGAGCAAAUCCUUUUUCUAAAAUGGCUACAUUAUGCACUCACUGUAAUUGUAUUUGUACAAGCAUGCAUUUGAAUAAUUAAACAUGUUCUUCUUCUGAAUGGUUUUUAGGGAUUAACCACUUAAGAACUCAGCUGAUUUUAACCUGGAAAGUUCUGUUUUUCAGCAGUAGUGUAGUCUAAGGUACCAGAUGUAGGCACCAGUAGCACUGGUGUUAAUCAAAUGCUAUUAAGGAUAAGAUCCUCUCCAGUAUAACAGUAAAGUACCGUGUCCAGAUUUUUAUUGUCACAAUUUACUUCAACUGCUAUAUAAAUAUUAACAGCAAAUAAGGUUGUUAUGGGUUGAUACCGGGUCCCAUGUUAUUACUGCUUGUAUGGCAUCUUUUUUGCUUCCGUGAGUCUUUUCACUCACCACUCUACUCUUAUCUGAAGUCGUUGCAAGUUAUAGUUUCUCAGAACUGCGUUUACAUGGCUGGUUUGAGGCGUGGAC